AUGAAACCAAGUGGACACACUCCUCGAUCCAAAGUAGAGAAGGGUUGUCUUCCUGGAAGAAUAGUAGAGGGCACCUUCAACAGUAAGGACGGGCUUAUUCCUGAUGGUUCUAACCAGUCAGGUGGAACCAUUUCAAUCAUUGCUGAAGAGAUUCAUUCCUUUGGAGACCAGCUAAAACUACCUGAUAAAUCAGUGGUGAAUGUGCUUUUGGAUGGACAGCUUAUGGCUACUCUGGAUCCCAUGGAUCACUUGGACUUGUAUGGUGCUCUGUAUCGCUUGUUUGUAUGGCAUAAUGCUUAUACUGUUUGCUACGAGUGUCAUGGCUGUGACAAGCAGGUUUUAAAGAAAUGGGUGGAUUUACUAAAUGGAGAGGUAAUUGGUCUCCAUGAAAAGUCCUUCCUUUGUCCUGACUUCUGGAGGGGUAGUCUUAGAUUUGCUACAAACAAUAAUAAUACCACAGUAAACAUCCCAGGAUUUUCACUAUUUCCAUCACCUGAACUAGAUAGGAGCUCAUGGCAGGAAAUGAAAAACCCUUAUAUAAACACUUUUGAAAAUAAAGAAAAAAGUCCAGAACAUAAGGAAAAGGUAUUUGCACCUUAUGAAGUUUCAUCGUGUUUGGAAAUACUGGACAUCUGCUCAGUUGAUUCCAUUCCUCUUCAUUUAAUUUGUCCUCUAAGGUUUUGUCUAUGUGUUAAGUCCUCAGCAAAGUUUCUGCAAGCAUCUGAAUUUCUACAUUAUGUUAACAGCAAGGGAAAGGUUUCAGUAAUUCUUCGACUAAAAAUUGCUGACAAAACUUUGUUACCUAAGUAUGACAUUGGGGAUUCGUAUACAUCAAAAGCUUGGAAAAAAGCUGUGUUAUGUGGCAGUGUUCAAACACCCUUUUUGGAAAUACAAGAUCAUACAAAAGACCUGAACUUCCUUCUUGUGAGUGACAAUCCAGUUUCCUCGUCAUCAGUUUCUGUAUAUCCACUGUAUGAUCCUUCUUCUUUAGAUGCUAAUUUUUAUCAUGACCUUAUCACCAGUUGUAAACCUUCAAUUUACAACAUAGAACAUGCAAGACAGGAUAUAAGAACUCAUCUAGAGCACAUACCUGAGAUGUCUGAUAUAUCAUUCCAAUGUUUUGUUCAGCUGCAGGGAAAUGUUCAGAAAAUAGUAAAGGAUCAAUUCACUGAUAAUAAGAAGGACGUUUGUCAGACAGGAAAUCUAUCAGAUAAUGACCUUAAUACCAUUCACUCUGUAGUGCUUCAGAAUUGGAAGCUAACUAAAUUGUCCCAUUCAGAGUCUUUACCCAAGAAAAUGAAAAGAGUAUUUGCAUCUUAUGCUGAACUUGCGGAUCCCUCAAAUUGGCCAGAAAUGAGGUCACUUUAUCAAAAGGAAUCACAGAACAAACUUUCCUUACCAGGUGCAACAGCAGUCGCAGAAGCUCCACUUCCUGACGCAA